AUGGCCAACAGCCUGGAGGGACCGAUUCCAGCAAGCAUGGGAGAUUUGGGGAAACUGUCGGUGCUAGAUCUUUCUGUUAACAGACUCAGUGGGGUGAUCCCAAGAGAAAUCAUGAGCCUAUCAUCACUGUCACCGUAUUUGGAUUUGUCUGAUAACUUGCUGGAGGGACCUCUUCCCUCAGAGGUUGGUAACUUGGUAACUCUUGGAGUGCUCUCUCUAUCGAGAAACCGACUGUCUAGUAUGAUACCUGAUGCCAUCAGCAACUGCAUAGUACUAGAAAUCCUCCUAAUGGAUGGCAAUUUAUUACAAGGAAACAUCCCUCCUGGUUUGGGGAAUAUAAAAGGGCUUACUUUACUGAAUUUGACAGGCAAUAAGCUGAAUGGAAGCAUUCCUGAGGAUCUAGGGGAUAUUACCAGCUUGCAGCAGCUAUGCCUUGCCCACAAUAGUCUAUCAGGACAAAUUCCACGACUCCUAGGUAAUCAAACAUCACUGCUCCGUCUCGAUCUGUCCUUCAACAAUUUACAAGGUGAAGUACCACAGGACGGAGUUUUCAGGAAUCUAACUGAACUAUCAAUAGUUGGAAACGAUAAGCUAUGUGGUGGAAUACCACAGGUUCAUCUGCCAAAAUGCCCAAACUCUGCUGCAAGGAACAAUAAGAAACCCACGCCAAUCUCGCUUAGAAUAGCAUUGCCUACGAUAGGAGCUAUACUGGUUUUACUUUCAGUGCUUUCUUUAGCCACAUUCCUUUACAGAAGGUCUAUGGCAAUGGCAGGAACCCAGCUGGAAGAAAAACUACCACCUCGUUUCACUGAUAUAGAGCUUCCAAUGGUUUCAUAUGAUGAGAUACUCAAAGGAACCGAUGGGUUCUCAGAACCCAAUCUCCUAGGAAAAGGGAGAUAUGGGUCCGUAUACAGUGGCACCUUACAAAAUGGACGUGUUUCUGUAGCCAUCAAAGUAUUUAAUCUUCAGCAAUCAGGAUCGUACAAAAGUUUUCAGGCUGAGUGCGAGGCACUGCGAAGAGUUAGGCACCGAUGCCUUGUAAAGAUCAUCACAUGUUGCUCGAGCAUCGACCACCAAGGUAAAGACUUCAGGGCUCUAGUCUUCGAGCUUAUGUGGAUCCAUUCAGAUAUGGAAAGCCAGAGCAGAAAUGCAGCACUGACCUUAGAGCAGAGGUUAGGUAUCGCCGUUGACGUUACGGAUGCAUUGGACUAUCUCCAUAAUGGCUGCCAUCCAAUGAUCAUCCACUGCGAUCUCAAGCCCAGCAACAUUCUUCUUACUCAGGACAUGAGUGCUCGUGUUGGAGGUAUCGGCAUCGCUAGAAUUCUAAAUGAAGUUGCAAGAGAAACUCGUGUGAAUUCCAAUAGUACCAUCGGCGUCAGAGGUUCUAUCGGAUACGUUGCUCCAGAAUAUGGCGAAGGGCUUGAAGUAUCAACUCACGGUGAUGUUUACAGCCUUGGCAUCGUUUUGAUCGAGACGUUUACAGGAAGGCGCCCAACAGACGACAUGUUCAGGGACACGGGUCGAACCUGCAUUACUUUGCUGAGGCAGCUCUUCCUGCUAAGGUGA